AUGUCGUUAAACCUCUUCAAGUUCGUUCACGACAAAGUGCAAGAAAAGAAACUUCGCAAACUUGCAAAAAAGUGUGAAACAGUUCCUGAGAAUCUCCCUACAAUUCUUCAAAAUCCAGAUAUUGUCACUCUUAUUCUCAAAUAUUUAAAAGGCAAAGAUACUGAUGACGAAAUGCUCGCACUUUUGUUCGAUUGGAAUCAAGCCGGCUUCAAUGACACCAAUGUUCCAAAUUGCCAUAAUGGUGUUGCAGGACAGACCCAAGAGGCUAUAAUCGCAAAUCUCCUUGCAAACGGAGCAACCGAUUUUAUGAAUCUGAACAUACUAUUCAUUUUUCCAAAUGGUCAAGCAAUUGGGACUUGGUGUAGGAAUUUUGCUGCGAAUUUGCCUUGGGCGAAACAGCAAGCUGGUGUUGCAGAUAUCUGUAACAACAUCUUAAGACUUAAUAAGAUUACAGCCCACACAGCCAAUUUAAUUUACCCCUUCAAACUGAUACGAAGGAAUAUUCGGUCUCUCUCAUUGAGUUGUGCCAAAAAUCAAAAGAAAAUUCUGCAAUCAAUCCCUCCCUUGCAAGGUUUUACGCUUCGUGAGCACUUUGAUGCUUUGCGUAUUGCUCGUUGCGAUUCCCAAUGGUUGCUUACCUUUAAAUCGGCAUCACGUCCCACCAUAAUGCACAUGCAAAAAAUGAUUGCCAUACAUCACGUCCAGAUACUUCUUAAUGAGGAACCUGUGAUUAAAUAUCGGCCAUCUUUUAUGGAAGAAUUAGAACUUGAUAUCUUCUUUCGAAGUAAUGGAAUUGCAUUAGAGAUUCAAGAGGCUCAACAUCGGUUCCAUAAUACCAGCUGGUAUAAAGAUAUUAAAAAACUCAAGGAUAUUAUUAACUAUGAUUGA